AUGGUCGUGUCGUCACAAUCUUCGCCGAAUGUCUUUGUUCGGUAUGCUCGCAAGGUCUACCAUGGCGUUGGGUUCUCCCAAGGCUACAACUUCGUUCUGUUCACUAUAUUCGGAGGAGCACUCCUAGGCUUCACUCUCGCUCGGUUGCAGUACUUGAAUUUCAAUGGGGUCUUCUGCACGCAGGGCGGUACAGCGCCUGGCGAAUGCUACUGGUACACACAGUUUCCGAAGUACAAGGUUGGCAUCUUGCUUCAUCUGAGCACCAUCCUCCCCGCGGCAUUUUUGGCAAUAUAUCAAUUCAUUCCUGUCAUUCGGCACAAAUUCCUUCUUUUCCAUCGCAUCAAUGGUUGGACCAUUGUCGUACUUGUUCUGAUUUCCAAUGCUGGAGCCAUUGUGAUCGCGCCCCAUACCUUCGGUGGUGACCUGUCAGCUCAGACGGGAAUUGGUACUCUUGUUCUCAUGACCACCAUAGGUCUUGCCCUGGCUAUCUACAACGUCAAACGGCUCCAGAUCGACCAGCACAGAGCUUGGAUGCUGAGGACAUGGUUCUACUUUGGGACAAUCAUCACUCUACGUCUCAUUAUGUUCAGUGGUACUGCGAUCAUCUCUGCCCUGGGUGGCUAUUAUGUCCCGAUGGAAUGUGGCAAGCUGGAUUACAUGAUGGAAGAUCGCAAUUCAGUUCUGGCAGCAUACCCGGACUGCAUGUCAUACUACAACAAUACUGAUCCUAGCAAACGGGCUCUGGUCCAAGCCGACGUUAAUGGCUCUAUCGCUCAGGUCGCUGCCGGCUUGAACAUGACCUUUGGAAUGGCAUUGUGGCUGGCCCUGUUGAUUCACGCCAUUGGCGUCGAGACCUACCUGCAACUUACCCCCCGCGAAUCUCAACGCCUACGCCACGUUUCCUAUGAGAAGCAGCUUGAGGCCGGACUCAAGCAGCCAGGCAGCGCUGGGCUGACUGCAGAUCGUGUGGGUGAUGCCCAUGCAUGGCAGCCGACUAAAUCCUAG